AUGGAGGAGGUCUCGUCUCCAUCGGUGUCCUCCGGUGGCGAGGUUGUUGUCCUCCAAGGCAAGUACGAGAUGGGGCGUCUCCUCGGCCAUGGCACCUUCGGGAAAGUCUACUUCGCGCGGGACAUCCGCAGCCGCCGGAGCAUAGCCAUGAAGGUGGUCAGCAAGGAGAAGGUGAUCAAGGCCGGGAUGAUGGAGCAGGUGAAGCGGGAGAUCGCCGUGAUGAAGAUGGUUACUCACCCGAACAUCGUGGAGCUCUACGAGGUGAUGGCCACCAAGUCGAAGGUCUACUUCGCCAUGGAGCUAGUCCGCGGCGGCGAGCUCUUCUCCAAGAUCUCCCGACAUGGCGGCCUCAAAGAGGACGUCGCGCGCGAGUACUUCCGGCAGCUCAUCUCCGCUGUCGAUUUCUGCCAUUCCCGCGGCGUCUACCACCGGGAUCUGAAGCCCGAGAACCUCCUUCUCGACGGCGCUGGACGUCUCAAGGUUGCCGACUUUGGUCUCAGCGCCUUCGCCGACCACCUCCGCUCCGACGGCCUCCUCCACACUGCCUGCGGUACUCCGGCCUACGUGGCACCGGAGGUCUUCGGGAAGAAAGGCUACGACGGCGCCAUGGCCGACCUCUGGUCCUGCGGCGUCAUCCUCUUCGUCCUGCUCGCGGGAUUCCUCCCCUUCCAGGACGCCAACAUCGUCGCCAUGUACAGGAAGAUCCAGCGUGGAAGCUUCCAGUGCCCGCCGUGGUUCUCUCCAGAGGCCCGCCGCCUGGUCUCCAGGCUGCUCGAUCCCAAUCCGAAGACCAGAAUCACGGUGGCGAAGCUUCUGGAAACGCGCUGGUUCAAGUCGUCCAUCCCGGGGUCUGUGAGUCCCGCCGAUCGACUCCCACCGGUGGAGGACGACAAGGAAGACUGCGUCGGCAAGAGAUGGGGGAAGGCGCAGCCGGAGAGCCUCAACGCCUUCCACAUCAUUUCCCUGUCACCGGGAUUCGACCUCUCUGCCCUGUUCGAGGACGGGGGCGCCGGCGGGGAAGUGGCGGAGCGAGAGGACGGGAUGCGAUUCGUGACGGCGGCGGCGGCGAGCGAUGUGAUCUCCAGGCUGGAGCGCGCCGCGGCGGAGACCUCGGGGGAUUUCCAUGUGAGCAAGUGCGAGACGGGGAUCAGGAUGGAGCGGCGGCAGUCGGGGCGGAGAGGGCGGCUCUCGGUGGAGGCGGAGAUCUUCGGCGUGGCGGCGCCGUCGGUGCUGGUGGUGAAGGUGAAGAGGCACGGCGGCGACGCGGCAGAGUACCGCAGCUUCUGCCACAACGAGCUCCGCCCCGCAAUCGAGGACAUCGUCCUCGGCGGCGGCGCCUCCCUCGGCCGCCACCGGGCCCCCGCCGCCGCCGGCUGA